CGGCACAGGUUCAGCAGGAGCUUUCAAUGAUAAUGGAAAACAUGAGUGUCAGGUCUCAGCAUGGGAGGAGCCAAAGCUCUGGACAAUUACUGCUGCAAAAAACAGCCAGAUGCCAGAGAAGGUCAGUGGUACGCAGCUCCAGGCACACGCCAGAUGAUCAGGGGAGGAAUACAGGUCCCCUGGGACCGAGUCAUGUGACCAGCCCAUGCCACGUGACAUCAGCGGCAGAUGGCAUGGGUACCAGCUCUGGCAGUUGGCAUCAGUGUCAUUUCUCUUAGCGCGAGACAAGGAGAGCAGUGGGGAGGUGAGAAAAACGCACGAGCUGUUCACCUGCUAAAAACCGAGCUGAAAAAAAUUCAAAAUAGGAAAUAUGAAAACCGUCAUCUGACGCCAUCAUAAUCCAGAAGAUCUGUUAUCUUCUCAUCAUUCGCAGUAAGAGCACAAUGCUGACUCUGCCAUUCGAUGAUCCUGUCAUAAUGAACAGUCAAUUUGGGGGAAACUUUUCACGGGACUGCAUGGGUGAAAUGAAGGUCAAUAAACAAGAGCCGUUCAAAAAGGAGGAUACCCUUUCCCACAUGAUGGAGGACGACGAUUCGGAGAAGGAGGACGACGAAAGGGAGGACGGACAAGACGAGAACGGUCUGCCGCGGCGCAGAGGGCCUCGGAAAAAGAAAAUGACCAAAGCUCGGUUCGACAGGGUCAAGCUGAGGCGCAUGGAAGCCAACACAAGGGAGAGGAACCGAAUGCACGGUCUGAACAAUGCCCUGGACAGCCUGCGCAAGGUGGUUCCCUGCUACUCCAAAACCCAGAAACUGUCAAAAAUCGAAACUUUGCGACUGGCCAAGAACUAUAUCUGGGCACUUUCUGAGAUCCUGAGCAUGGGGAAGAGGCCUGACCUCCUGGCCUUUGUUCAGACUCUUUGCAAGGGGCUCUCCCAGCCCACCACCAAUUUAGUGGCCGGAUGUCUCCAGCUGAACUCGAGGAACUUCAUCUCGGAUCAGAUCAAUGGUGAGGCUUCCUUCUCUGGUAGAUCACCCUAUGACUCCAUGUACACUACCUAUCACAGUCCUGGUGUGGUGACGCCAUCUGGACACAGUAAUAGCGCUAUAGAUGCCGUUAAACCCUUCAGGCCGUUCAACUACUGCAGCUCCUACGAGUCUUUCUAUGAAAGAGUCUCUCCUGAAUGCACAAGCCCUCAGUUCGACGCUCCCUUAAGCCCUCCUAUUAACUUUAACGGGAUAUUUUCCCUUAAGCACGAAGACCCGAUCGAUUAUGGCAAGAGCUGCCACUAUGGCACGCGUUAUUGCGCGGUGCCACCGCGCACCUCCAUCAGCCAGAGCGCACGGGGCUCCUCUGAUCUCCAUUUCCCAUAUGACGUUCACCUCCGCGGCCAGUUUUACCCGGUGCAAGAUGAAUUAAACACGACUUUUCAUAACUAAUGAGAGAAAGUCAAAUGUGACUAUGGGUGGGUAAUGACUGAAAUGCAGGACUUUCAAUCGCACAUGUAUUAUUUAUAUAGCCACUCUCUGCGCUGGGUUUGGGCCAUCUGAUGUUUUAUUAUUUAUCCGUUUUAAUUAAAUGGAAAAUGCGCUUAAAGAAAUCACAGUGUUCAUAAGUGAAUGUGUAUUAUUUUAAAAUGCCCGAAAAAAAGUGUAAUAAUUGAUGGUGGAAAAGCCACUGAAGUGUUUCAGUCUUAUUGGCCUGUGAGUUUGAUCUUUGUUUUCAGUAAAAAAAAAUUGUAAACCUGUAUGAGUAUUUACAGGCUUGCAAAUGUGUCAGGUUAAAAGGCAAAAUUGAGAUUUAUUCAGUUAUUUAUUUAUUUAUUCGUUAUCAAUUUUAAUAUUUGCGGUGAGAAUUUAGUAUAAGCGGAAAGCAAUAACUGCUUAUAGGGUGCUGUAUAAAUUAAGUGUUGAAAAUUUUUGAAAAGCAAAAGUGAAUCAUUUUUUAAUAAUAACGAUUAUUCGUUUAUGGAAGUAAACAGAACAGUGCGAAGUUUAUUUAAUUUAAAUUCAUAAUUACAAACAAAAAUAAAUUGAUUCAUUGCCUGCUUUUUGUAUAUAUUCAAUUAGUAUACUAAUAAUAAUAAUAAUAAUUAAAAAAACGUAAUUACCGUAAUAAAAACCGUAAUUACUUAUAAUAAUACAUCUAAGACCACAAUAAAAAGGCAUUAAGUGAAACUAUUUCUUUUCCAAUAAAAGAUGAUAUAAUAAAAAAUAUACAGGCUAUGAAUGUUAUCCCUAAAAAUGGUAUAAUUAUAUCAUGAAUUAAUAGCUGACACAUUAGCGUGGUCCUUUGAUUAUAAUUUAUGUAAUUUAACUCUAUAAAUGUUGACAAUCGAGUUUUGGGCGUCUUCUUUUUCAACACCAAUCACAUUUAUCUGCCCAUAAUUUUACUGAUGGAUGAAUUUGAUUAUCACAACAUGAUAAUGGUGUUAUAUGCAACAGAUUGUUUGACAGUUCUGACUUUUCUCAAAUGUAAAGUCCUCAAUAUAAUAUUGGUGGCAUUGCGUACAAUCUCGGAGGAAUCACGUAUUGUAAAAAAUGCAAUUAAACCUUGCAAAUUUCUAAUGGAAAGGUCUAUGCCCUGUACAGUGAGCUCAUGUCGGGAAUACCUGCCUUAAUAUAUUUGUUACAGAUCAUUAAUGCGAAGUGAUGGACGUCUUUAGUGGAUUCGUGCAUUCUAAUUUUUAUCACCAAACGAUUUUUUGUGUGCAAAAAUGACUGAAUGCUCUAAACUGGUCUUGUGCCGACUGUCAAGCUGUUUUGUACAGUACAAUAAAGUUUAAUUGAUUGCAGUUCUUUCUUGAAAUCACUAUUCAACACCAAGCUAAAGAGUACAUUGCAAUAGAAAAAUCUUAAUGGAAAAAAACACAAAGUGAACAUAAAUACAAAUAUCCUUUUGUGUCAAAAGAAUAAAAUGAAAUACCCAAAUACAAUGUCGCAUUUCGUUCUUAU